AGGCCCAAGCAAAGCAUCCAGCGGAGCCACACCACACCACCCUUGGUCCGGCACUAGCACUAGCUAUCCAGUGGAGACGAAGAUGGCGACGGCGCGGUGGCUGCAGGUUGCCGCCAUGGCGGUGGCGCUGCUGGCGGAGUGGGCGACGGCGGCGGCGCCUCGGAAGCCCGUGGACGUGCCGUUCCAGAAGAACUACGUGCCGACGUGGGCGCAGGACCACAUCCACUACAUCGACGGCGGGCGGGAGGUGCAGCUGUACCUGGACAAGUCCACCGGCACGGGCUUCCAGACGCGGGGCUCCUACCUCUUCGGCCACUUCAGCAUGCACAUGAAGCUCGUCGGCGGCGACUCCGCGGGCACCGUCACGGCCUUCUACCUGUCGUCGCAGAACUCGGAGCACGACGAGAUCGACUUCGAGUUCCUGGGCAACCGGACGGGGCAGCCCUACAUCCUGCAGACCAACGUGUUCACCGGCGGCAAGGGCGACCGCGAGCAGCGGAUCUACCUCUGGUUCGACCCCACCAAGGAGUACCACUCCUACUCCGUCCUCUGGAACCUCUACAUGAUCGCGUUCUUCGUGGACGACGUGCCGAUCCGGGUGUUCAAGAACACGAGCGCCGACCUGGGCGUGCGGUACCCGUUCAGCCAGCCGAUGAAGCUCUACUCCAGCCUGUGGAACGCCGACGACUGGGCGACCCGCGGCGGGCGCGAGAAGACGGACUGGUCCAACGCGCCCUUCGUCGCCUCCUACCGCGGCUUCCACGUCGACGGCUGCGAGGCCUCCGCGGAGGCGCGCUUCUGCGCCACCCAGGGCGCGCGCUGGUGGGACCAGCCGGAGUUCAGGGACCUCGACGCCGCGCAGUACCGCCGCCUGGCCGAGGUCAGGCGCCGCUACACCAUCUACAACUACUGCACCGAUCGCGACCGCUACGGCGCCGCCGUGCCGCCCGAGUGCGCCCGCGACCGCGACGUCUGAUGAUGAUGCGUUGGGCCGGCAAGCUGCUUGAUCGAGAGCAGCCUGUAAUGUAUGUAUGGUAUGGUAUUGUUGUGUGUCAGGUUCGUCGUCGUGGGUCUGCAGAGACACAGAGAGAGUCCGAUCCGGCGCGUACGUGUGCCCGCGUGGGCACAUGCAUACGUACAUGCUUGUGUUGUACUGUACGCUCGUAUCUCCUCACACCGAAAUGAAUUGCGAUUAAGUAUCGA